GCCACGGGCUCGGGCUCCGCCUCCGCUGUGGAGCGCGCUGGCGCCUUUGGAACGCGGUGUAUCGAGAGCUGAAAGGGGGAAUUCCAAUUGGAACGCGGUGCUGUCAGCGGCGGAUACAUUGUAUCCGGAGAAGGGAAUCCCCGGAGCACAGGGCAGCCGGCGAGGGACGAGGCUGCGUUCGUCGGCAGAGCAAGCCCCCCCUCCUUCCAGAACCCGGGGGCAUUCGGGCAACGGUUUUCAGAUACCCCCCCACCACAGCAACACUCCACGCCCCCACCUUCUCCCCCGCAAGUCUGUAACCCGAGCGGAAGCCGCCGCUAAGCUCCCACCUCCAUGGAGUUGGAGAACAUCGUAGCCAACACGGUGUUACUAAAAGCGAGGGAAGGUGGGGGAGGGAAACGGAAAGGAAGAAGCAAGAAGUGGAAAGAAAUCCUUCGAUUUCCUCAAAUCAAUCAAUGUGAAGAUCUCCGAAAAACUUUGGAGCGAGACUACGACAGCUUGUGUAACAAGCAGCCGAUCGGGCGCGAGCUUUUCCGUCAGUUCUGCGAGACGAAGCCGGAGCUGAGGAGGUGCAUCAGGUUCCUCGACACUGUGGCAGAUUAUGAAGUGACACCGGAUGAGAAGAGGAAGGAGAAGGCCGAUGAGGUCAUUCGGAGAUUUCUUACUGAGGAGUCUCCGGAAUACAUGCCCGAAAUUAGCAAGUCCUGCAUCCAGCAGUGCAUCGAAAACCUCGAAAAGGGCCCGUGUAAAGAGAUCUUCAGCGAAUGCUUAACGGGCCCUCAUCAAUAUCUCAGUGGAGAGCCGUUCACGAAUUACCAAGGAAGCAUGUACUUUGAUCGAUUUCUGCAGUGGAAAUGGUUGGAGAGGCAACCCAUCACCAAAGAUACUUUCAGACAAUACAGGGUUCUGGGAAAAGGAGGAUUUGGAGAGGUCUGUGCCUGUCAGGUGAGAGCUACCGGAAAAAUGUACGCUUGCAAGAAGAUGGAGAAGAAGAGAAUCAAAAAAAGGAAAGGAGAGACGAUGGCAUUAAACGAAAAGCAAAUAUUAGAAAAAGUAAAUAGCAGAUUUGUAGUCAGCCUGGCGUAUGCCUACGAAACUAAAGAUGCACUGUGUUUAGUUCUAACCAUUAUGAAUGGAGGAGACUUGAAGUUCCACAUUUACAGCAUGGGUAACCCGGGCUUUGAGGAGGAAAGAGUUAUAUUUUACGCUGCUGAGAUCUGCUGUGGCCUGGAUCAUCUCCAUCGGGAAGGUAUUGUCUAUCGGGAUCUGAAGCCAGAGAACAUCCUGCUCGAUGACAAUGGACACAUUCGAUUGUCAGACCUGGGGCUGGCAGUGACGAUACCACAAGGAGAGAAGAUCCGGGGGCGAGUGGGCACCGUUGGGUACAUGGCUCCCGAGGUGAUCAACAACGAGCAGUACACAGUGGGCCCCGACUGGUGGGGUCUGGGAUGUCUCAUCUAUGAGAUGACAGCCGGACAUUCGCCGUUCCGUGCCCGGAAGGAGAGAGUGAAACGGGAAGAGGUGGAGAAGAGGGUACAACAACAGGAGGAGGAAUACUCGGACAAAUUCACGGAGGACGCUAAGCGCAUUUGUAGGAUGUUGCUAACCAAAGAUCCGAAGCAACGACUCGGUUGCAAAGCUGAGGGAGCCAGCGAGGUGAAAGAGCACUCAUUCUUCAAAAGCAUAAACUUCAAACGGCUAGAGGCUGGCAUGUUGGAGCCUUCCUUUGUACCAGAUCCCCGCGCUGUUUACUGCAAGGACGUGCUGGACAUUGAACAGUUUUCCACGGUGAAGGGGGUUUACCUAGACCAAACCGACAACGACUUCUACGUGAAAUUCGCCACAGGCAGCGUUCCGAUCCCUUGGCAAAACGAGAUGAUCGAGACGGAAUGCUUCAAGGAGUUGAAUGUCUUUGGACCAAACAGGACCAGAUCUCCAGACCUGGAUUGGAACGUUCUUCCAGAGCCGCCAAAACGGGGUCUGCUCGAUCGGAUUUUCCGACGACAUGCGCACGAUUACGCCUUCAGUAACACAACCGAUGCAAAUUCCAGCCUCCCGCCUCACGUGAACUUGAACAACAGUGCGCCCAGCGCCAGCCAGACCCCCACAGUCGCCUGACGUCGCCCGCGAAAUUAGGCUCAGUUUGGGACAAAUUGCCUCCUCGCUGUCAUCUCAGGUUUAACUUGGAUGUAAAGAAAUUAGUGGCAUUUUUAAAGUUGGUAACGCAGUGAGAGUCGAAACAGUGCUGCUUUGUGUAAAUAAAAAAUGUAGUCUGAGGGCAGGAUAAAGAAGACAUGUUUCCCACGAGGCCUAGCCACACGGCGUCAGGCUGCUGAGCACACACUGGGAUGAGAGGUGCAGAAGUGCUUCCUUCAGCAUCUACUUAUAUGGUUGCUUAUUCGCCAGGGAUUCUUUGCCUAUUUCUGUUUGGACUGUCACGCUGGAAAUUCACUAAUAUCUCCAGCAUUACAGGGUUCUCAAGGCAAGGUCCGAACCCUAUGUGUCGGUAAAGAAGUGGUGUGCGGAGGAUUGUCACGAAUCUACUGACACCUAGUGGAGGGAUGUCUGAGCUGCAGCCUUCCUAUGAAGUUGAGAUCUCAAAUGGUGGUGUGAAUGUUAUGAACCAAUGAUGCUUCCUUCUCAACAGCUAGAGAGUAGCAAUAUCCUGUCCUGAGUAAUGUUCAACCUUGAGGUUGAAUCUUCGCAGUGUGGCACUCACCUGAGAAGUUGCCCCUGAGCUGAUAGUCCAAGAGCACACUUAUCAGGCGGUGACUUGAUCAUCACCUGAGCAAUAUUGUCCUUCAGGGCACUUCCCACAGCUGGCAAGGUCAAAGGGUGCAGCCCAGCUAAGAUCAAAGAGUGGGGCAACAUUUGGAUUGGUUGGAGACUUAGAAUGUUAAACAUUAGUGGUGCUGUCCAUAAUCGGACCAUUCAAACCCCUCUUCCCAGAGUUUAAUGGACCUUUGCUUUGGGGCAAAGGGAAGCCUUUCUUCCAGCGUUCCACCCUUAACCAUGCAGGUGGGAUCGUGCCAUGCUCAGAACGGCUGCUGCCACUGGCUUUGCGAGCCAAGGCAGGUCACUGUGUUUUGUUGUCCAUGGAAGGCGGAGAUGGUACUGAUAGAAGGCGGGGGUGUCAGGGAUGUCCUUCCUGAGUGUGCGGGCUUGAUCUCCACUGGACUAGGAGAACAUAGCCCCCAUCGUUUUCGGUGGAGGAGCUGAGGUGAGUUACGUGCAGUUGCUAGGUGGGGGUAAGGAGGGAAAGGAUCCAAAGCCCGUUUGAGUUGUUCAAAGGCCGGUCCUUUUCAUUGAAACAGGAAGGGCCUACUCGCUGAGCCCUUUCUCCGGCUCAUCGUCCCGGCCACUCCAGUGGGCUUCCAGCCUUCCCGACUUGGGCCCUCCGUGCCAGGGUAGCAAGCAACUUGCCAGAAGAACUCAACAAGCUGAGCAGCACCUGUAGGAGGAAAAGGAUUUGCCAACAUUACAGAUCUAAGCCCUGCAUCAAAUGUUUACAAUUCCUUUCCCUCCAGCAGAUGCUGCUCAGCCAGCCGAGUUCCUCCAGCAGAUAGUUUGCUCUCCAGAUUCCGGCUGUUGUGGUCACUCCAUGUCUCCUCUGGCCCAAUGCUUUCUAUGGCAAGUUACUAUGUGAUUGCUCUUCAACAGGCCUUUGACCUUAACCCCUGGCAUUUGGGGAUGAAGGAGGUCAUUGGAAUUCCUUACCUUUGACCACUGGGAGGCCAGGAACAAAUUCUGCCUACUCAUGGUUCCCCUGGUCUUGGGCCAAAAAUGGAGACUCCACACAUGUACCCUGGUUAGACACCCGUGCCUCGACGGAAUGAGGGUCAUAAGCAAGAUGCUAAUAUUCUCGUGUGCGGUGCAGACACCAGCAUUUCUGAACCAUCUGGGUUCUUAGGCUCAAGUCUCUGUCUGGUCCAGAGUCUGGACCACUUGCGAAUGAACCUCUUUGGCUGGAAAGAAACAAUUGCUCUGCCUAAGUCGCACCAUCGGGGCUCAGUGCAUAGGAAGGCCAAUGGCCUUACAGCAGUUGUCCUGUGGCCAAUGGUGCUGCAGAAAGAGAAUUAUAACCAGGAAAAUGGGAUGGAUGUCACUACAAAGUCAUUUCCUGGUAUUUGGCAGAUGAACGGAUCCUUCCCAUUUCCCCAUGGCGACCAUGACAGCGCAUGACAACAUGAGUUGCGGGGUUACGGCACCCCCUGCUGGCAACUCAGGGUCUCUCAACCCCUCUGUGCCUCCUCUGGCGGGAGAGUGGCUUGUAAUACGACGACUAAUUGUCUUGAGUUUUGAACUUGGUAAUUUUUUUUUGUUCUGCCAAAGCGAUAUGUGUAAAUUGCUCAAUGUGUUGCACCAGUUUACAUGUCUGUACAUUUGUAUGGAGCAUACAUCAGGAUGUAUAUGUUUAUCUGUGAAAGAGUUUCAGUCGUGUUAGCAGUUUUUAAAUGUCAGAGACUCCUUCAGGAUUGAAGCAGUGGAAGAAGAUAAAACUUCCUCAACAUUGGAACAGAUUGCUCGAGAAGCCAAAGCAAUUGGAUAUACCCACUAGUUUAUAGUGCCCUCUGUUAAGAUAUUUAAAGUUAAUGAUGCUGGGGGUAUUUUUUGACUUUGGCUUCCGAGUUGACCCUGCGUACAUUGUGAAGCAAUGGUUUUGUGGGCAGGACUGCAGAGUCACUGCCUGGAAACAGUCGUGCCUGUGGGGGGGGGGGGGGUGCUGUCAAGCGGUUGUCCACAGCUGCCCAAGGCUAGACUGGGGGCGUCCACUUGAGAAAGGGUUUGUUUUAAAAAUGAACUGACACAUUUCAGACUGUCCACAUUUGCAUCCCUUUGGAUAUGUAUUUUUGUGAGGGGAAAAUCCAGAGCAGAUCAGCACAAUUCUAGCCAUCACCAGCUUCUAGUUAUUAGUCAGGAAAUUUGACUCACUUCUAUACCAUGCAUGCAAGGAGGCGGUUUUAAAUCACAGUAAGAUAAAGGGUUGUUGUAUUUGGGACAGAUUCCUGUGGAGGUCUCCUCAGUAAGCAAUUUAUAACCAGUGUAAUUGAGGUUAGCAAGGUCCACGCUUUAGCCCUGACCCUUACACAGCCCAUGUAGCGCAGCUCUCAAUCCUUUGUACAAGACAGCAGAACCGAGCGCUGCCAAAAGGACUAAUAACACUCUGUGCUGUUAUGACUCACUAAGAUAUGUUUUUUUUAAACUCCAUCAAUGUCUAAUAAAAGAGUUUUGGCCAGGACUGGUUCUCUGCAAAUCCUUCAGCAAAACUUCCCUUCAGCAUUAAAGAGUCUCGAAGAUACUUUCAGACUUCCUAAGCGUGAAAAUAAUCUGAGAUUUGAAGACACCACAGUCAGCAAUCCAGGAGAUAAAAAUGAUAUUUAAUUGUUCAAGACAAGGUGAAAUAAAGGUUAGAACAUAUGCAUGGUAUUAAAAGAACCACUUACAGCGCAAAACUCAAAAUAAAAUCUUCUUUUUUAAAUUUGCAACAUUCCGCUUUUUCUUUAGGAGGAAGAAUCAUUGCUCAGGGCCAGAGCAGUGGUUCAGCAGUAAAUAACUGGAGUAACAUUGGAGCAGUUAGUUGUUCCUGAUUAGCAUUGACUGUGAGAAUAAUAGAUAAAUAAUUAAAGUUUUGAUCAUUUCAUUGAUUCUGUGUUGAUCUAUUUGGAGACACCACCAAUUGCAGGUGUGGAGGAUCAGGUAAUUUGUGCUUCUCUUUAACUGCCUAAUGAAUGCUACUAGUUCUGAUAGUAACAAAGGUGAGUAUCCUCAGCAGUCUUCCCCAUAUUUUACACAAAACCGUGUAAAGAUUUUAAACUAAUAACAAAAUUUCUACACACAGGGCUUCUGUCCAGGACCCUACUUUAUCUCCACAGGAUCAAAAGCUUUAGCCAAAUCUAUAAAAACAACCACAGGGUUCUUAACAGUUCUUUUUGCUCCUGAUGACAAAUUAUUAAGAAUUGCUAUGUUUUCAUUACAACCAGGGCUUCCAAUAGUAAAACCUUUUUGAAGUACAAUAAAUAAUUUCAUUUCAAUAAUGUCCACCAGUCUUUCAGCUAAAAUCUUAGUAAAAGUCCUCAAAAACAAUCAACCCAAUAGUAAUUAGCUACCAGUUAGCUGGACACAAAAGGCAGCAGAGGCUGGAAGUCUGGAGCGAUACACAAGAUGCUGGAGGGACUCAGUGUAUCUGGCAGCAUUUGUGGAGGGAAAUGGACAGUUGACAUUUCCGGUCAAGACCCUUCACCUGGACUCCGUCUCGAUCUGAAAUGUCGAUUAUCCAUCCCACCCCCGCAUCUGUUGCCUGACUUGCUGAGUUCCUCCAGCACCUUACCAGCUAGCCAUGUCAUUUAAUCAGUUCAUUGAUUUCAGAACAAGGAUAUUUUUAAGCUUUCCCACUUAAAAUAAAAAUACUUGUCACUGCAAACUCCAGGCCCAUGUGCUCUUUGGAUCCUUGCCCCUGGCGAUGGCUCCUUUUGGUUUGCAGCGUCUAUUGGAGGUUGCUCCUAAAAGGUCAGCACACAGGUGGGACAACGAACCAGGUCAAAGAUGAAUUGAUCUCCUCCACAGAAGUUUGUGAACACCUUGAGGGUUGGGGGUUUAAUGUAAAACAAAAUUCCAGGCCCGUGACUAGUUUGCAGACCUAACAGCAAAACAAAUCAUGCCUCUGCUAAUUUCCAAGUUUUCAAUUGACUAGAAUCAGAGUAAACACAAAUUCCAAAUGGUUGCACUUCACCAUGAGAGCUUACUGGUUUUCGGUAUUCCAGCAUCGAAGUGCAGUGAUUUGGACAAGUUAUUGUAGUCACUGAUCUGUUUACUGUAAAAUGGGGGAGUCCAGUUUCUCUACUUAAUGUAACUGUAUCCUUCACACCUAGUUCUUCCUAUGAGGUUUGCAAGACCAUUGGAAUGGCCAUAAGGUGUCCUGUUGGUAACCACCCAGUCUCGCCUCUGUUCUAGAUCAUGUGACAUCAAAUCUUCCAGUAAGAGCAAUGGUACCAAAGCCAUGUUGUAUAAAAUCAUAGAAUAAAACUAAGUUGGGAUGAGGUAUUGCUAUGUUACUGUAAAGGUCUCUUUCUAAGUGUCCAGUGGGUGUAUCAAAGGAAUUUUUUUUUUAAAUAUUGCAUACAAUGCAAAUUUGAUAUUGUACAAUAUAUUGACUGUACAUACAUUGUAUUGACGAAUGCCCUUUUCUUUGUGGAAUAUUCUUUGGGAUUCCCAUAAUGUUGCAACUAUUAAAAGGCUCUAAAGUCAAACUGGGUAAGUGUACUGACCAACACACAAGACAGUACAUUCCACAGCAGGGGAAGUGUUAGAGCAACUCUUGUAGGUAAAGAUAUGUUUUAUAUGGAUGUAGUCUUUCUCUUUCAUGGAUCUCUGAUUGGCCAGGUUCCUGGAGACCACAAUAAAUCACACACUCAGUCAUUAUGCUCCUCAGCCAGGAUGGCCAGCUCUUUAGGGAUUGCCCGUAGUUUGGACAGUUGGUUCAAGCAACAGACAGAGACACAAACACAAAUUACGCUGGAACUCAGCAAGUCAGGCAGCGUCUAUGGAGGGAAAUAAAUUCAUUCCCCGGCUUGCUGAGUUUCUCCAGCACUUUGUGUGUUUGUUGCUCAAGAUAUCCAGCCUCUAACGCGUCUCUAGGGGCAGCACAGUAGCGACGACCCAGGUUCAAUUCCCACCGCUGCCUGUAAGGAGUUUGUACGUUCUCCCCAUGACUGCGUGGGUUUCCUCCCACAGUCCAAAGACCCAGGUUAAUUGGUCAUUGUAACUUAUUCCGUGAUGGGGCAAGGAUUAAAUCGGGGGAUUGCUGGGUGGUGCAGCUUGGGGGCCCGGAAGAGUCUGUUCCGCCUUGAAUCUAAGUGAAUAAAUAAUAGUCUCCAGUUGUUUGGAGAUGCACGUGGGCGAUAGAUGGAGCCUGCCAAAAGCUGGCUAGUGAAGAUAGGAACUUAACAUUUAGUUGAAGAAAGUUUUUAAGUAGGAUGUACCAACUAUGAGGGGUUGCACUUUAGGAGAUCAGAAGUAAAAGGAUGAUACAGGGUUAAUGGUGUCAAAUUAAGCUCCCUUAAAGUUGAUUAGGUAGUAAAGGAGGCAUAUGGUACACUUGACUUUAUUAGCCAAGGCAUUGAGUUUAAGAGUCAUGAAGUUGUAUUACUUCAUCAAACUCCAGUGAGGCUGCACCUCGAGCAAGGAUUCCCAACCUGUUUUAUGCCGUGAACCCCAGGUUGGAGAUACCUUUUCUAGAGUUUACAAAGAAUGGUGCAGAAAAGCAAAAGAACAUGCACUGAGUGGCGGUUCUGUGGGUGAAAACACCUCGUUAAUGAGAGAGCUCAGAGGAGAAUGGCCAGACUGGUUCAAGCUGACAGGAAGGGAACAGAAACUCAAACAGCCACACGUUACAACAGCGGUGUGCAGAAGAGCAUCUACUCAGUGGCCAUGUUAUAACGUACAGGUGGUGAGCAGCUGGACGACAGCAAGGUUUGUGUUCUCCUGGGCGGUUCAGUUCGCUGGUUUGAGAGGAGCUAGGCAAGUCACAGUGGUGCGCAACGGUGAAUGGAAUGACAUUCAGGAUGGAGACUGAGGUGCCAAUCACAAGAGCACCUUGUGAUGCUCUGAACUUGUGAUGAAGGACACACUUAGCUGGACAGGUGUUGAAGAUUCCCUCGCCUUCCUGAUUUGCAGGGGAAAGACUUCGGAGUGCCAGAAAAUGAGUCAGUCAAAGAAGAGCUAGCCUUGAGCCUCAAUAUUUGUGUGUGUUCCUCUAUUUACGUUCCUGUUAGUUGAGAAUAAACAGAAGGCAGGAA